AUGUUGACACUUAGACGCGUUCGGAGGCGCCCUGCUGUCCGACGCUGGAGCUCAGAGACUAACGAAGGCCCUGGAGGCGCUCGGAGGUAUUCGGGAAGCAUCCGGAGGCGCUCGGAGGUAUUCGGGAAGCACCCGGAGGCGCUCGGACGCUUUCGGAGCUUUUGGAGGAGACAGGCUCUUGGCCACGCCACCGCCACCGCCACGCCCUCACGCUCACGCGGCUCUGAGCACCUGGCUUCCUGGGAAGGCGUCCCGGCUGCCGCAGUCCCCCUGCCAAGAGGGCUUCGGGGGCACCAAGGACGCCUGCUGACUGUACCCAGCUUCCCGGAGCAGCUCCCUGGCAGUUGGACCUGGAAGGCUGGGCAGACUCCCACACGGUCCAGUCCCCACGCGCCCCCUGCCUUCCCUGGGCCCUGGACCAGGGAGCUCACAGCGCAGAGGACAAGACGGUGGCCUGUUGUCCCAGCACAUGGCAGCACCACAGAUCUGUUAUCUCCAUUUCUGGGGGUCAGGGAUCCAGCCAAGACAGGCAGGGGCUUCUGCCUCGAGGUCUCGCGAGGCUGCACCCGGGCACCGGCAGGGACUGUGGCCCAUGCGCAGGCUCCACCUGGAAGGUCCAGGCUCACUCGGGGUCGUUGGCAGGAUUCGGUUCCUCAGUUCCUCAUGAGCUACUAGGGGAGCAUCAUCCUUGUCUGCAUUUUGCUGGAGGGCUCACUCCGUUCUUGGCCAAGUGAGCCUCUUCAGAGGGCAUCUCCCUACAAGGAGGGCAGCAGGCAUCUAGGGGAGCCGGCCCCACAUGUAAUGUGACAAGGAGGCUAGCGCGCGUGAUGGGGAGACAGACCCCCGUAACCCCACCUGCAAUGGCAGCUUGUCCUUCUGUGCCGUUAGAUUCAGCUCACCCUGGGGAGGGCCUCACAGAGCGCUCGCCCAGUGGGGACCACUGGGGACCACACCCCCGCCCCACUCUGCACUCUUCCUACCGUCCCCCAGGCCUGGGUCUCCAGAGACGGUCAUACUGUGUCCAGUGUGACAAUUGUGUGUUUUUCUCUCGUUUUAGAAACUGUAGCCUGGGCCACCGCGCCCUGAGAUAGAUGUACCCAGAGAGUUGUAGGCUGCACUGUGGACACUGUUCUGUCCACGCCGCCCCUGCGUCAGCCCUCCCCGGGCCUCUGCUUACUAGGCUUUCCCGCCUCCUCCAUGACAGGAGCCGCUUUCCUUAAGCUCAGGAGUUGUUUGCAUUUUUAUCAGAGCAGGAUCAGGCCCCCAGUCUCCAGGGAGUGGAGGAGCAACAGGGGAAUCUGAGAAGGAAGCAGAGGGGCCCCCACAGGCCACACAGUCAAGGCUUGAACCACAGCUAAAUCUCAGUGUUGGUGAGACCCUGGGAAGGGCCGUUGCGGAGGCCUGGGCACCCCUGCUGCCCCAGGAGGCCGAGCCGGAGGGGCUGAGUGAUGCAGGGCGGGCCCCGGGCGCACGGUGUCCCGACGCUGCAGCCACCUUGGCCCUGUCAGGUGUCCCCUGCCCAGGGCCCACCAGGAGCUGGCACACUCAGCUGCUGUUCUGUUUGUGGGCUGUGUAAUAAACGGAAGCUAAAAAGGACUGGCUCUUUCUUUAGAGGCUAACCUGCCAACCUUGGCUGCCCGGGCUUGACAUGAUGGAAGGAAGGGGAGGGGAGGCGGGAAGGCGAGAGGAGGCGGGAAGAAGGGCCCCAGGCCCCGGCCCUCGCCACCCCUCCCCUGGGCCGGAGCCAGGUCCUGCUUUCUGCUCCUGCUUUUCCUCCUGGGGUUCCACCCAACCCCGUGGAGUUUGACCAUUCCACUCCGGGGACACUGUGCCCCAGCCCUGCCCCUGGAGACGCUCGGGUAAGGGGAGCCGGGCUCACUCCAGACCAGAGCAGCCCUCAGGUGGCCCAGCACUGAGGGCAAAGCGGAGAGGACUCAGCCCCUUUUUCCUCGAUACGCUAUGGAAUUUUACAAUCAGAAAGUUGAAGGAAUUUUUGACUACACAUCUGUACACCCACUGCCGAUGGUCCCACUCAGCGUUUUACUAGACUUACACCUAGGCAACCAUCCUUUAAUUCAUUAGAUUUUUGAUGCAUUCAAAAUUAAUUUUAGCCUUAAGUGUGCUUGCCCCUACAUACUUUAGCAUGUACAUUAACUAGAGUUCGUUACUGAUAGUCUUUUAAUAUAAAACAAUGAAAUGCCCAGUUUGUAAGUGAACAUUCACUCUUUUGACAAGUGUAUGCAUUUUUGUAACUCAGACCCUUAUCGAGAUACUGAGUGUUCCCAUCACCCCAGAAAGUUCCCUCAUGGUCCUUGCUGGUUGACCCCCAGUGCACUCAGAGGCAACCACUCAGUAACCUGCCUUGUGAUACUGGUACAAAGGUACAAAGUGAAGUCACUCAGUCAUGUUCACCUCUGUGAUCCCAUGGACUGUAGCCCACCAGU